AUGAGUAAAACCACCUCUUGCUCGAAGACAUUCAGUACAACGACGUCGCAUGCUGCUGACCAACCUCUGGAAGAAGGGCUGUGGGAUUGCUUGCCAUUCUGCUUGGAGGUUCUGUGCCAAUUCUUGGAGAUUGUUAGCGGAGGCAUAAUUGUCACGCAGUCUUCUUCCCAACUCGUCCCAAGCAUCUCUAUUAGUGCCAAGUCAGGGGAAUAUGCCGGCCAAUCCAUACGUAUGACCCCUUGCUGCUGUAAGAACUCCGUUGCCACCCUGGCUGUAUGCGGCCGCGCAUUGUCACCCUGUAGGACGGAGUUUGGGCCUAUGGUUCCAAGUGCAGGGAUUACCAAAGGACGAAGAAUUUCAUCUCUGUAUCGAACACCAGUUAGAUUUCCCAUCACAACCGACGAUGACGUGUACACCACUCGCGACGUACGGUUCGAUGGCGUGGCAGAAGGGGUGGGCGAACUGCUUGUCGUCGACUGCGCAAGUUUUGUUGUCUUAGACGGUUACGAAUGCUUUGAUCUGACACUUGGAAAAAAGGGCAGGAGGAGGAAGAGGAGGAGGAGCAGGAGGUGAAGGAAGAGGAGGAGGAAGAGGAGCAGAAAGAGAAGGAAGAGGAGGAGGAGCAGGAGGAGGUGGAAGAGGAGGAAAAGGAGGAGGAGGAGAAGGAGGAGGAGGGGAGUAGGAGGUGAAGGCAGAGGAGGAAAAGGAGGAAGAGGAGGAGGAAAAGGAGGGGAGCAGGAGGAGGAAGAGGAGGGGAGCAGGACGAGGAAGAGGAAGAGAGGAGGAGGAGGAGGGGUGCAGAGGGAGGAGGUAGAGGAGCAUGAGGAGGAGGAGGAAGAGGAGAAGGAGGAAGAGCAAGAAGAGGAGCAGCCACAGGAGGAGGAAGAGGAGGGGGAAGAGGAUGAUGAGGAGGAAGAUGAAGAGGAGCAGGAAGAGGAAGAGCAGGAGGAGGAAGAGGAGCAGGAGAAGGAACAGGAGGAACAGGAGCAGGAAGAGGAGGAGCAGGAGCAGGAAGAGGAGAAGGAAGAGGAUGUCAGGGACCUCUACGACCAGCUGCGAACCGCCAUUCCGUGCGUUGACAAAUAUGAAAGGAAGCUCAACUCUAAAUCAGAGCCCGCAUUCAUGUUGAAUUACGCUGAGGUUAUCAAUUGA